CAAGCCUGGAGAAUGUCAACAAACGUCUCGUGCUCUAGCACUCGAUUACGUAUGGAAACUCAGGGUGAAAUAUUACGCCAAAUUGGAUACACAUCGAAGUGAGUUUAAAAUGAAUAGUAUCGGCGAGAAUUGUACCGAGUUGAAGAAGAAAUAUGACACCUGUUUUAAUCAGUGGUUUUCCGAACGGUUUCUUAAAGGGGACACCGACGAUUCGGUGUGCGCUCCGCUGUUUAAAGUGUACCAGCAAUGUGUGAAGGAUGCCAUGAAGGCCCAACGUAUAGAUUUUAAGGACAUUGAAAGUGACCACUUGGGUUCGGAUCAAGAACAAAAAGUUCCUCCGAAGAAAGGAAGCUGACUGUAACGAAGCCGACAGGGCUACACAAGCAUUUCCAUUGGUCAUUAAAUGAAUCAAUGUGAGCACCAAUGUCUAGUCUACUCAAAGUGUUACUAUGGUAAAAACUAUCCUAAUUUGGUUGCUAAGCUUAAAGUUUACUGAUUUGAACGAAGAGUAACCAGUGCAUCAUUUAGAGUUAUUCGAGAAAGUGUGAACAUAAGUGAACCCCAUAGAAAUGAAUGAAUAAAGUUUUAGUUGUGUAAAUGUU